AUGGUAGGACCCAAGGGUCUCAAAGGCGACGACUACGUCAUGUUUGUGACAUUGAUCAUGUAUGCCAUUUGUGCUGUCAUGGUGGAUCUUGUCUAUCGAUACGGCACGAAUGUUGAUCUUGUAGCCGACCAGAUUGAACUUCUGAGCGAUGCAGAAGUUGCACAACUGGUUAAUGGCUCGAAGUUCCAGCAAGUCGCAUGGUAUUCAUACACAGCGUAUCUAUGGUCUUUGAAAGUGGCUUUGCUCUUCUUUUACAGCAGAAUGACAUUCGCAUUAUGGCAGCAUGAGCGAGUCUUGACAUACUUGACUUGGUUCACAGUAGCAUCAUAUCUGGCAGUGGUUGGCACCAUCACUUUCAGCUGUCGUCCAUUUCGUGAUAACUGGGGCGUCCGGCCUCUCCCACACGACAGGUGUGUCUUCAAGGCACAGAAUCUGGUGGUCACAACGCUUCUGAAUGUCCUCACCGAUGCGGCAAUACUAAGUCUCCCACUUCCAGUUCUCCGAGAGAUCAGAGUACCAAUGUACAAGAAAGUCUUCAUCGCUGCCCUCCUAUGCUCCGGUCUGUUCGUCAUGGCAGCUUCCAUAAUGAGAGUGGCGGCUACGAUGGGUUCAGAGCCGUCAACACUUACGGUGAACCGCUGGGGAGUUCGAGAAUUGGAACUACCGUCCACCAGUGCGAAACACGAACCCGAUGAUGAGCGCAAGGAGAAGCAAAACUACAAUGGUCGUGGCAGUCAGGUGGAUGUGGAGGUAGACUCUGCUACCAACGACGGGGAGAUCGAGCGACUUAACGAAACUGAGGAGGUGGUGAUUCACGAGCAGGAAAGAUACCGAGACAUAAUCGAGGAGGAGGAAGAAAGAGGCUGA